UGAACAGAAGACCAAAAGGUCGAACCGUUGUCUGCAAAGAUUCCAUCAGUUGCUGGAAUUGAGAGGCUAGAAAAUUAAAAAAAAAACGAACAUUUGAUCAUUUUAUUACCUUAUGAAAUGCUUAUCGAAUCAAAAAGUUCGUCUCAUUCUCCGACAGUGUGCGCAGCACCGCUCGUUGCUCCGUUCCGGCAAGGAGCUGCACGGCGUUUUGACUACUUCUGGAAUGAAGAAAGCUCCGAGGUCUUACCUUAGCAACUCGCUCUUUCAGUUCUACGCUGCGUCCGGUGAUACGGUUACUGCUCAGAAGGUGUUCGACGAAAUUCCUCUUACAGAAAAAGACAAUGUGGAUUGGACCACUUUGCUGUCCUCCCUUUCCCGGUGCGGAUACUUGGUUGAUUCUAUGAAGCUCUUCGUGGAGAUGAGAAGGAAAAGAGUAGAGAUCGAUGACGUGGCUGCAGUCUGCUUGUUCGGCGUGUGUGCCAAGUUAGAGGAUCUUGGGUUCGGUGAACAAGGACAUGGGUUUGCUGUAAAGAUGGGACUUUUGAAUAAUGUAAAGGUUUGUAAUGCUUUAAUGGAUAUGUAUGGGAAAUGUGGGUUUGUGGGUGAAGUCAGACGCUUAUUCGAGACGUUAGAGGAGAAGAGUGUUGUCUCAUGGACGGUGGUUUUGGACGCGGUUGUGAAAUGGGAAGGGUUGGAGAAUGGAAGAGAGGUUUUCGAUGGAAUGCCUGAGAGGAACGCUGUUGCUUGGACGGUUAUGGUUGCUGGGUAUGUGGGAGGUGGGUUUACAGGUGAAGCAUUGGAGCUUCUGGAGGAGAUGGUGUUUAAAUGUGGGUAUGGUUUGAAUUUCGUCACCCUUUGCUCGGUGCUAUCGGCUUGUGCGCGAUCAGGAAACCUGGUUAUCGGAAGAUGGGUUCAUGUUUAUGCGUUGAAGAGUUGUAAUGAUCAUGUCAUGGUGGGAACGGCAUUGGUUGAUAUGUAUGCCAAAUGCGGAGACAUAGACUCUUCCAUUAAAGUCUUCAGAUCUAUGCGGAAGAGGAAUGUGGUGACGUGGAACGCUUUGUUUAGUGGGUUAGCGAUGCACGGGAAAGGUAAGACGGUGAUUGACAUGUUCCAAGAGAUGGUAAGAGAGGUGAAGCGGCCAGAUAACUUAACUUUCAGUGCUGUCUUAAGUGCUUGCAGCCACUCCGGGUUGGUAGAAGAGGGGUGGCAGUGUUUCCACAGGCUUAGAUCCCAUGGUUUGGAACCUAAGGUUGAACAUUACGCAUGUAUGGUUGAUCUUUUGGGGCGAGCUGGUCGUGUUGAAGAAGCAGAGAUGUUGAUGAGGGGAAUGACAGUGCCUCCGAAUGAAGUCGUCCUCGGUUCGCUUCUAGGCUCGUGUAGCGUCCAUGGGAAGCUGGAGAUAGCCGAACGGGUUAAAAGAGAGCUUGUUGAGAUGAGUCCAGGCAACAUGGGAUACCAAAUAGUUUUAUCCAACAUGUACGCUGCAGAAGGAAGGAGUGACGUUGUAGAUAGGUUAAGAGGAAGUAUGAGAAACAGAGGAAUCAGGAAAACACCUGGUAUGAGUUCCAUUCACUUGAACGGCUCGGUUCAUCGGUUUAUCGCGGGAGAUAGAUCACACCCGAGAACGAAAGAGAUUUACUUGAAGUUGAAUGAAGUGAUUGAACGGAUUAGAUCAGGUGGUUAUGUCCCUCAUGUUUCUCCCUCCGAGGUUGACUUGGAGGACAAAGAGCAGGCUUUGAGCUGCCACAGUGAGAAACUUGCAGUCUGUUUCGGGCUUCUGGUAACUAAACCGAGGACAACUCUUUAUGUAUUCAAGAAUCUGAGGAUAUGUCAGGAUUGUCAUUCAGCUAUGAAGAUUAUAUCAAUGGUUUAUGACCGAGAAAUCAUCGUCAGAGAUAGAAAUAGAUUUCAUCAGUUCAAAAGAGGCUCUUGUUCUUGUUCCGAUUACUGGUGAACAUAUCAAACGGCUGUACAAUGUAUCGAUUCUUGAUUGUAAACCAAUUUGCAAAAUGAGACAAGGUUGAGACAAU